CCCUACGAUCAAUUGUGUCAUUGGCGUUGAUUAACUCGACAGCGUUCGAGGUUUUUUCAAGUUUGUUUGCCAAGUCGAAGCUAGCAAAACAUGCGGGAUGAUUGGAAGUGAGGCUGCAGACGCCACUGCACCGUUACAAUCGAGACGGACCUGUUUCUUCUUUUUCCUUCUCCCUGCGAGGGGUUGCGAUCGGACGCCGUAGGAUAAUGAGAUAAAAACCCGCCAAGGGUUUUCGUUCUCAGCGCAGAUGAUACCGCGCAUAACUUCAAGUGGCGCACGUCGGUGAACGUUCAAGAAGUCAGGCCAAUGAAGCCCUCCACCACCAGCACCAUGUGGCCCAGAACAGCCUUCUGCCACUUCUUAACGCGGGAGCUGAACAAAUAGACCAGAAGCCCAUCCUGCCCAUCCACAUAGACCACAAGCCCCCCACCAGCGCCGCGGAUCUCCUCAAAGACAAUGUGGCCAGCGGGGGAGGCGGGCGGCCGCCGAUGCCUGUAAUCAAAAAGGAGCACAAGGGCAAAACGCCGUUUGUCUGCGGCUACUGCAACAAGGCCUUCCGCGACAGCUACCACCUGCGGCGCCACGAGUCCAGCCACACCGGCAUCAAGAUGGUGUCGCGGCCAAAGAAGUCGGCCCAGGCGCCACCGACCAUGGUGCCCAUGAUAUCGACCAUGUCGCGGGAGAACAACGGCCACCCUUCCUACAUCUCCACGGUGGCGGGCAUCCUCUCCACGGCGACCACCUCCGUCUCCUCGGGCGCGAGCAUCAUGACGUCGUCCGCCAUGGGCCACGUGCAGCAGCAAAACGCGCCGAAGAAACCCGCCAAGCCCGUCAAGAAAAACCACGGGUGCGAGAUGUGCGGCAAGGCCUUCCGAGACGUCUACCACCUGAACCGCCACAAGCUGUCCCAUUCGGACGAGAAGCCCUUCGAGUGCCCCAUCUGCCAGCAGCGCUUCAAACGGAAGGACCGCAUGACCUACCACGUCCGCUCGCACGACGGGGGGGUCCACAAGCCCUACGUGUGUUCGGUGUGUGGGAAAGGCUUCUCCAGGCCAGACCACUUGAGCUGCCACGUGAAGCAUGUGCAUUCCUCAGAAAGACCAUUUAAGUGUCAAGUAACGGCCUGCACCUCUGCUUUCGCCACCAAAGACCGACUGCGUUCCCACAUGAUCAGGCAUGAGGGCAAGGUCACCUGCAGCAUCUGUGGGAAGAUGCUCAGCGCAGCUUACAUCACCAGCCACUUGAAGACUCACGGACAGACCAACUUCAACUCCUGUAACAAAGCUACCCCUGUGACCAUAUCUGCCCCCAUCACCUCGGCGAUGAACCGGUGCCACAUCAACAACCCUGUCACCAUAGCCGCACAAAUGAACAUUGGCACUAACACGGUGAACAUCACAUCCAACAUCAGCCUCCAGCACCCGGUCACCAUCACCGGGUCGGUCAACAUCCCCUCCUCGGCGGGCAUGAAUAUCGCCCACCCGGUCGCCAUAACGACCACAAUGCCAAUGAACAUGGCCGGCCCCCUCAACAUCGCCAUGCGGUCAAUGGAUAGCAUGCCUUUUCUGUCCCAAGUUUUGCCUUCUUCCCCACCUUGGUAAAAAAAAAAUGAAGAAAGAGGUGUUUGAGAGAGAGAGAGAGAGAGAGAGAGAAAAAAGAAAAGAAAGAGAGCGAUAUUGGCCAGCAAGAAAGGGAAAAAUGAAGUGAAACAAGAGACUCCUGUCCUCAUUAUUUGCACCUCGAGCUUGUCUCUUACUCCCCCUGAACCAUGUUUACUUGCCCUGAGGUGAACAUUUCCAUGAGCUGCGCCGCCGGUAGGAACUCCCCGAGUCACAGCUGCGUCCCAACUAAUGUUACGUAACCGACACGAGAGGCAGAACACUUGAGUGGGAGAUGGAGUAGGAUUAAUCGUGAAAUCAUGACAGCCGCCGUAAGACGUAGUGUAGUCAGUUAGUGAUGAAACUGUGAUUUGUGUGAUGACAAAUGAGAGAGGAGGACCCCUGAGGACUCUGUAGGAAAACACACCUGUGCUUUUUGUAAAAGGGAGAUGAGAAACAGACUGAAGCAAUAACGGUAAAUUGCUCUUUUAGAUGUUUUACAAGUUCUCUCUCAAAGUCUCUCUGUGUUACUUUAUAUUUUAUUUUAUUAUUAUAGCCUGCUAAUCACUAUUUAAUGUUAUAGGAAAUGAGUCUAGAAAAAGGGACAGCAGCUUCCAUCUGCAAUGAAGACUAUUAUUUUUUACAGUGCUGUAGCUCUUCAUUCUCUUCUCAGAUAGUAGGUAUGCUCUCAAGGUACAGUGACUAACCUGUACAGUUGACAUAGUAAUGUAUUUUCAUGCUGGCGUUUUAAUUUUUAACUUGUCAUUCAUGUCCCGUCGACAACGACACAUUUGGACUUUGUUUUCUGUCUGUAUCGAAAGACAGAGGGGUUUUUUUCACUCGCCUAUUGGUAGUCUUUGUUUUUUUUUUUACAUGAAAUCGGGGUGAACCAAGUCUUGCACUGACGGCAUAUCCGACAUAAAGGUAAGCAGCAGUAUUAUCAAAGAUCAAACUGGAGUCUUAAGUGUUCCCGUUGGCCCGCCUGCACCCAGAGGGCAACGGAGUGGCUGAGCGAGGAGAGGCCUGUAGUGAAGCUUUUUCAGGCUGUUGCCGUCAUCGUCUCCAUGGUGACGGACUGUUCCGUCUGACUCUUCUGUACCCGGUUGUUUUAAAAUUUGGUUUUUAAUCAUUUCUCUGUGAAUGCCCCACGUGGAUACUACGGACCCUUCACUCAGGAAACACACGUAAAAGCCUGUUAGACCUAACCUUGGUUUCUUUUAUGUAUCUAGCUACCAAGUAUCUUGAUUCUUUGUCCUUUUUUGGAGACCCCAUUUAAUUUGCUCAGUCGUGUUAAAAGACUUCCAUCACGGACGACGAGUCCAAGGACUGUUGAUUUUAAACAUAGCCGUCCAUUUAUAUCAUCUUUUACUGUGCAAUGGCAUACAUGCUGUACUGUUUCCUUUUUGAAGUAAAGUUCAGUAACGUGGCGGAGAGUUUAAUGAAAUGCAAGUUUGUGUUCAUAAAAAUAUUGGGACAUAAUUGAUGUUGCAUGAGCCCAAACACUGUAGCUGUUGAUCAUGAACUAUUUUUAAUGAAUGCCAUGUUAUUUCAACAGUGCUGAUGUUGAUUCAGUUCAUACUGAAAAAUGCAAUAUGCAUGUUUCAUGUUUUUUUUUCCCAAGUUUUGUUUUAAACAAAAUGUUAGUGUAGCUUUUUCUUUGUUCUUACGCAUUUACGUAGAUACACUAUGAUAGCCUGUUUGCCAAAUUUGAUACAAUAAUGUGAUAAAAACUGAACUUUUCUGGUGGAAUUGAACAUCUCUUUAUUUUUUAGGAAAAGAAAAAAAAUUGGAGAUUCCAGGCCCCUUGUGAAAGCAGUUGAAUGUAUAUCUUUGUACAAAACUAUUUUAGUUCUGAGGCUAUGGUAGUAAAAAUAGAUGUGAAAGAUAACCAUUUUUUUUUUUUACAAAUCUUUUGUAUUAGAACGUUAACCAUAGUAAUUUUGUAUAUACGAGAGGCUAGGCUUACCGAUUAGCAGAAAGGUCAAACAUUCCUACAUUUUUUUUUUUUUUUUUAAUGUACGUUUGUCAAAUUAUUACAAAAAACAUGCGCAAUGUUAUGUGCCUUUUAUUUGGGUUGUCUAAAUAAAAGAAAACUAUCAAAUGUC